UGCAUUGAAAAUGAAGUUAUCAUAACGUAUAUAACAGAAAAUAAUUAUUGUAACUAUCGCAUUUUUCGCCAAAACAUUACGAGACUAGUCAUGAAACAUGGUUUAUUUAAUGAAGAUAAUUUCGGUAAUCGUACUAACUGCUAUUGUUGCAGUAAAAGCCAGAAUACACAAGUUGCCUCUUACGGAUGAUUACCGCCACUAUGUGGACCUGACCACCUUCGGGUUCUUCCAAGGAGGGGUGCUCGAUGUUCGCAUGGUCAACUUCAAACUACCCUCAAACGUGGAACCUGGAGAGUACGGGUUCACCCUCGACCGCACAGUGAACGACGCCAUCAGCCCGUACCUGGAGGCACAUUCCGACACGUGCUUCCUAAAGGACAGCGAGAGCAGCUACACGUCCCCGCAGCACCCCGCCAUCGUGUUCCUUAAGAUGGACUUCACAAACUUGAAGCUAAACAUAACUUGCAAAGGGAACGACCUGAAAGCCAUGCAUCUGUAUCAGAACCGAUCGCAGAUACCGCUGGACCGCGCCAAGCGGAGUAGUUUCUGGAGGCAUCCUUACAUCACCAAGCGGUCUGCCGACAAGGGCCCGGAAUGCAUCCCACCUUGUUCCUGUGCCCAUCUGCCGAUAACGAAAGAGACGAAAAAUGGCUUCGACUAUUAUAACACCAGUUUCGCAAUGUACGUGGCAUCCGUGCGAGAGGAGGGGCUCUACAACCUCUACUUCCACAACUGCCCGAAGACAGACAAGGGGGUCACUCCCGCUAUGAACUUUGUUAUAGAAAUAUACGAAAGCAACGACGGUAAUUUCCUGUCAGCGGGCGAGAUGCCGCUCCCCGCCUUGUACAGCACGAUGUCCCUCAUAUUCCUGCUCUCGGCCGGCUUCUGGACCUUCCUCCUCAAGAGCAGCAAGCACCCCGUGUACCGGAUACACAUCCUCAUGUGCGUGCUGGCGUACCUCAAGGCGCUCUCGCUGGCCUUCCACGGGAUCAACUACUACUUCAUCAGGACGAGGGGCGAGCACGUCACGGCGUGGGCCAUACUAUACUACAUCACUCACCUGCUAAAAGGCGCGGUGUUGUUCGUGACGAUAGUGCUGGUCGGCACGGGAUGGAACUUCAUCAAACACAUCCUGGCUGACCGGGACAAGAAGCUGUUCAUGAUCGUCAUACCGCUCCAGGUGGUGGCGAACGUGGCGGAGAUCAUAAUAGCGGAGAGCGAAGAAGGCGCGGCGGAGCACAACGCGUGGAGCGACACCUUCAUCUUGGUGGACCUGCUGUGCUGCGGCGCCAUUCUGUUCCCUGUCGUGUGGUCGAUACGUCACUUGCAAGACGCGUCGAGCACCGACGGCAAGGCAGCGAUCAACUUGCGGAAACUGAAGCUGUUCCGACACUUCUACAUAAUGGUCGUGUGCUACAUAUACUUCACCAGGUUCAUCGUCUAUCUGCUCAAGAUAACGGUACCGUUCCAGUACUCGUGGAUUGACGAGAUGUCGCGCGAGCUGGCAACGUUCGUGUUCUUCGUGAUGACCGGCUACAAGUUCCGGCCGGCGGCCGCCAACCCGUACUUCACGCCCAACACGUCGGACGACGCGCUCGUCCUGUCGGAAAUUGGCGUGCUAGAGGGAGUGACCAAGAUACCGCACCGCGGCGAGAGGAAGCGAGAAGACACCGUGCCUCUCAUGCAGGACGGGUACAAUUCUGACUAGCGUCUGCUUUCCUACUUAGUUUUAUACCUUGUACCAUAGAGUUUAUGAGUGCUAAAGUGUAUGAAAAAAAUCGUACUGAUGCGGAAGCCAGAGUUAAACCAAGAAAAGUCUGCAACGAUUUUGAUAGCACACGCAGUGCAAGUGUUAAUAAACGUCAAACUUCUAUGAAAUUAUGACGUAUAAUCUCGGAGUAAAUAUCUAUGGAGCGGCCAUUAACAGGCGUUCCCCUCUGCAAAAAGAUCGCGGCCGCCGGUCAAGGAGGUUAUAUAAAACUAGUUGCCACACGUCAUACGCCAUUCAGCAAACGUCAGUCUAAGCGGAAUGAUAGGAGCCGAAAAUGCCGAAUUGCAGCGUUUUCUCGUGCAAAAUGAGAUCGGAAACGUCUAGUCUACAAAAAGAACACGUUUCUUAUCAUAUGUAAGUACUAUUACAUCUAAAUAUUAUCAAAUAGUGCAUUAACUUUGCAAAUAACUAAAAAACAUUGUCAAUCUGACAGUGAUACCAGUGAUAUGAUAUUAGAUCUAAUUUAGGGUAAUUCUAAAGAAGACUUUCUAAAUAUUAAUUAGGUACGAGUAGAAUUUCUAAUAGGAAAUAUUAUGCGAAACUCUGCGUAGGGGGCGCGACUACCACAAUCCAUCACAAUCUGGGGGUCCGCCGCGGAACAAGAAAAUUUAAAUUUCGUUAUCUAACCUCUCUAUCACUAUUGCAUA